AUGCUCCGGAUUUUGGGCUUCACGUUGCUUCUUGGAUCUCUACAGGCGGACUGUCCGGCUGGAUGGAAUUUCCUGGCGAGCAGCGGGACUUGCUACAGCGUCAGUAAUCAGGCUUCAACAUACGCGCAAGCAGUUCGCACUUGCCAACUUUCCGGCGGAGAUGUUGUGAAAAUAACAGACGCCUUCACCAAUCAAGCGAUUGUCAAGGCGAUUCAAAACGUAGCCAGCCCAGCAUUUUACAUCGGCGUUGAGCAACAAUCUUCUGGUGCUUGGACCUAUACGGAUGGGACGCCAUUGACAUACCAAAAUUGGGCAAAUGCACCCGCAAGCGGUUCGAACUCUUCCGAGAAAUGCGCCGUCAUCGCCGCCCCGAACACCACUUGGCAAGUGUCGAAUUGUGGAGAUUUUAACGGGUUCGUCUGCUCGAAGCCGGUGGAUCAAGCGCCUUGCCCCAAGCCGUGGUUCUUCUCGAACGUCACGGGGUAUUGCUACUAUUUGAAGGGCUUCACAAUGUCCGAUGGGAAACUUUGGGAUCUGGUAGAUGGAACGGAAGCGGAAGUGCGUUGUCGCCAACUGCACGCCAAUUCUCAUCUCGUUUCGAUGCGCGAUGAGUACGAGAAUCAAGUCGUUUACGACCAAAUCAAGACCUCAAACCUAUCGGCUUACCGGGACAAGCUUCCGGAAAACCACUACCCGUGUUUGAGUGGCGACGUUUUGACCGGUCUACGCUACGCAAACGCUACCGGCUUUUCUUGGACCGACGGGACACCCAUGGAUUAUACCCCGCAAACUUAUAAAACCGACGGCUUCUAUUACGGGGUGGUGAAUGACGCAUCGUGCGGUGGGAAAUACUGGGUUGGUGCCGGAAAGCCGAAACUUGCGGCCGCCAGAUACAUGUGCAAAAUGAGUCCGCCG